AAGAACCUCCCCUCCGAGAAGAAUGGUGAAACCUACAAAAUGCAACAUCUAGAUUUUUGCAGAAAAGAAAAACAUUGAAGCUUCUUCUUGUUUUGUUUGAAUUUAUUUUCACGUUUCUGUAUCCUUUUAAAAAAGUACCAUUUCAAAGGUAUCUACAAGUUUCUUUAAUCAGAUAUAAACACAAGAUUAAGAGAUGGGGGAGAAGAAAAAAGAGGUGAUCAGAUUAGAGAGAGAAGCUGUGAUCCCAAUUCUAAAGCACAAGCUCAUUACUGCCUUGUCCCUUCACUUUGAAGAUAAAUGUGAGAGAGAGGAGUUCCUAAGAUUCUGCCAGAGAGUGGAAUGUACCAUUAGAGCUUGGUACCACCUUCAUUUUGAGGAUCUUAUGCAACUGUAUUCACUUUUCGAGCCAAUCCGCGGCGCGCACAGGCUUCAUCAACAGAAUUUAUCUCCUCGUGAAAUCGAUACUCUUGAAGAUCAAUUUCUUCAACAUCUAUUCCAGGUCAUGGAGAAGAGUAACUUCAAAGUGAUAACUAAUGAAGAAAUACAAGUAGCUCUCUCUGCUCAAUAUCGUCUCAAUCUUCCUAUUGUUGUUGAUGAAGCUAAGCUUGAUACAAAGUUGUUAACAAGAUUCUUCUCCAAGUUUCCCCGAGAUGAUCUUCCUCGUUUCGCUGAUAAGGUAAAGUAA